AUGAAUGAAAACAUACUCUAUAAAGGUAAUGCAAAGACAUUUUUUCUUACACUAAUUUAGCAGUAACAUGCAUGCUCCUUUAAUUUGAUACUUGUGUGGUGAGGUAACGGAUUAAUUUACCUUUGACAAUUUAGUCCCAUGUUCAUUGACCGGAUUGCUUGUUUGAAUGUGACGAAAAACGACACACCUGUACAACCCGCCUUGGGGGCCUGCUUUACUGUCAGCACUGUCGUCAGGUUACUUAACGUUCAAAAUGUCUAUGUUAUUCACUGCUCAGUUUUACUUGUUGUUUUUAAGGCUACGGGGUCGUGAGAUAUUACUCGUUAAUUCGUGAGAACAUUACCAUCCUCGUCAUUGGUGACUCCCGAGGUUAACGCAAACUUUAUACCUUUUUACGUCGUACUGAAUAAUAUUUAACGUAUUUUUUGUGAAUAUCUAUUCCAUUUACGUUUUAUUUUCUUGCGAAUUCUGAUAUUUUACAAUCUCUGUCUUAUUAUGUCUCAUGCCAACCAACAAAUCGAUGCCCCUGCUCAGUCCCUUCAUGCCAUUAAUUUUACCUCGCCUGAAUUCUGACAACACGCUCCAGAACUUUACUUCAUCCGCAUAGAAUCAGCCUUUUAUUCUGCUAACGUUACGAAGGAGCUGGCGAAAUACCACAAAUCCGUGGAGGUCCUCCCCGCUAGUGUCAUCUCUCAAGUUCAGUCCUUGCAAGCUCAUCCUCCUGCAGAUGCUCCCUACUCCACGUUAAAGGCAGAAAUUCUUCGACUUACUUCUGUGUCCGACCGAAAACGGUAUCACCAGUUACUUAAGGAGGAGUCACCGGGUGACCGGAAGCCCUCAGAACUUCUACGUCGAAUGCGUUCUCUCCUUGGAGACAUGCAGGUUGACGAUAAAUUCGUCAAGGAGAUGUUUCUAGAGCGUCUGCCUGCCGAUGUUCAAGCGAUCCUGGCGUCCAGUUCUCAAGAUCUCACGGUCUCACAUUUGGCUGAAAUUGCUGAUCGAAUGAUAGAGGAGCAGCGGUUCCAGUCACCUUCCGUUGCCCAGAUCUCAUCCUCAUCGUCAGUGAAUGAUCAUUUAAUGAAGCUGGUGUUGACCAUGGCGAAUGAGAUGGUUUCCCUUAAACUACAGCCCGCCCGCCUUACUUCCAGUCGCUAACGCAGCCGUCGUCGUUCUCGUUCUCGACCUCGGACUGCCGAUACUUGUCGGUAUCACCUUAAUUUCGGCGUAAAGGCCCGUUGCUGUUCCUCACCCUGCUCUUUUAAGCCGAAACAGGGAAACCAGUCAGCCAGAGAAUAGAUGCGACCGUUUCCCUAGCUCUUCCGGCUCUGGUCGCACCUUCUAUGUUUGCGACACUGCGACUCGCAGACGUUUCCUGAUGGACACUGAAGCCCAAAUCAGCGUUGUUCCCCCAACUGCAGCUGAUCGUCGUUUCCCUAGCCCUAGUCUUCACCUACAAGCUGCCAACUGUUCCUCCAUUCCCACUUUUGGCAGUCUGUCCCUCACCCUGAACGUUGGCCUUCGUCGGUCAUUCACCUGGAUCUUUGUGAUUGCUGAUGUCCCACAUGCAAUCGUCGGCUCGGACUUUCUUGCCGAGUUCGAUCUCCUUGUUGACUGUCGACGUGUCUGUCUCCUCGACCACACAACCGGUCUGUUUGUUCGUGGACUAACUUCCUUUACUGCCCCCAUCAACUUAUCUGUCUUGAAUGCGAAUAUUGUUAACCCCUUUCGGCAACUGCUUCUUAGUCACCCCAACAUAACUAAACCCAGUUUCGCAGUGGUGAGGUUCAACAUGAUGUUGUGCCCCAUAUCCGCACCUCAGGUCCUCCUGUGUUUGCUCGGCCGAGAUGAGUAGCAUUGGAACGUUUUCAAGCCGCAAAGGCGGAGUUUAAACACAUGCUGCAACUGGGAAUAAUUCGACCGUCUGAGAGUCCUUGGGCGUCCCCACUGCACAUGGUGCCCAAGGCGACAUCAGGCGACUGGCGACCCUGUGACGACUAUCGAGCCCUCAACAGCGCUACCUUUCCUGAUCGAUACCCCGUGUCUCAUCUUCAGGACUUUGCUGGAGCCCUUUUCGGCAAAGCGGUUUUCUCGAAGAGUGAUCUGGUGCGUGCUUUUCAUCAGAUUCCAGUCGCCCUAAAACCGCCGUCACCACACCCUUCGGUCUCUUCGAGUUCAUCCGCAUGCCGUUCGGUCUUCGUAAUGCCGCCCAAACGUUCCAGAGGUCCAUCGACCAUGUCUUACGUGGCCUACCCUUUGUGUACGCCUACAUUGAUGACCUCUUGGUUGCCAGCCGGAAUGAGGAAGAACACAAAGAACAUCUUACCUUGGUGUUUAACCGCCUUGACAAGUUUGGAGUUGUCAUCAACCCCUCCAAGUGCGUGUUGGAUGUGCCUUCGCUCGAGUCGGUCGACUCUGAGAGUUUGCGUCCCCUCCCCUCCAAGGUUGAAGCAGUUCGUAAUUUCCCUCCACCAACUUCCAAGCGUCAGUUGCAGCGAUUCCUCGGCAUGGUCAGUUUUUACCGCCGGUUCCUACCGAACUGUGCUGACCUCAUGUUGUCGCUCACCAACAUGCUUUCUGGUGCAAAAGGUCCCCUCGAGCUGACUGGAGAAGCACUAACUGCUUUUGACAGAAUGGAGAAUUCCCUUGCCGACGCCACCUUACUCACGCAUCCCGCUCCCGAAGCUCAGCUGUCCCUGAUGGUAGAUGCUUCGACCGUAGCUGUAGGUGCAGUCUUUCAACAAAACCUUGCUGGUUCGACUCGACCACUUGCUUUUUUCUCCAAAAAGCUCUUACCAGCUUAGACACGCUAUAGUACCUUUGGCCGUGAACUACUUGCCAUUUACCUGACUGUGAAGCAUUUCCGGCAUUUCUUUGAAGGUCGGGACUUCAGUGUUUUCACGGACCACAAACCGUUGACUUUUGCAUUUCGUUCCCACUCCGACAAGUACACUGCGAGGGAAAUCGCCCACCUGGACUAUAUCUCCCAAUUCAUCACCGACAUCCGCCACAUUAAUGGUACUAAGAAUGAGAUGGCUGAUAUGCUGUCCAGACCCUCACUGCCUUCCCUCCAACUUUCACAUAGGAUUGAUCUUUGCGCCAUGACGGCUGAGCAACAGCGAGUCGCUUGUCCUGGUGACGAGUCUGUUAGUGGUCUCCAACUCAAAGACAUUCCUCUGACCACCGGCUCUGGUACCAUACUUUGUGACGUCUCGAUUCCCUUUCAUCGCCCUUUCGUGCCCGCCUCCAUGCGUCGAGCUGUAUUUCAAACUGCAUGGACUCUCACCCUGGUAUCCGAGCCUCUCGAAACCUCCUCGCGGAAAGGUUUGUCUGGCCUGGCAUGAAAAAGGAUGUCAAAGCUUGGAUCCGGUCGUGUCUGAGCUGCCAACGCAACAAGGUGCAGCAUCACAACAAGUCCCCACCAGGCACUUUCCCCACUCCCGACGCACGGUUCAGCCAAUGUGCACCCGGAUGUCGUAGGCCCCUUGCCUCCGUCCAAUGGUUUCACCCACCUCCUUACCUGUGUCGAUCGAUAUACCCGCUAGGCUGGAGUCAUUCUUUUGCCGAAUGCGCAGGCUGAAACCAUCGUGAAGGCCUUCGUCAGUCGUUGGGUCGUCAUGUUCGGUGCCCCAGUCACGGUUACGACUGAUCGUGGUGUCCAGUUUGAGUCGGAACUCUUCCAAACGCUACUGAAUUUCCUUGGCUGCACACGCAUUCGAACGACAGCCCACCACCCAGCUGCCAACAGUGGGGUUGAGCGUUUCCAUCGCCAACUGAAGACCGUCCUGUCUGCCGUAGAAGACCCAGGAAACUGGUCGGACAACCUUCCACUUGCAGUCCUCGUCAUCCGCGCAGCUCUGAAGUCGGAUCUGAGCUGUAGUGCAGCUGAAUUGGUUUUUCGGCACUACUAUCCGACUGCCAGGCGAGCUGGCCACCCCAACCUCUCGUGUGGUCGACGAGACUCCUGA